UUUUAUGUCUUUCGAGUCUAUCUCAUUUUUAGUUUUAUUGGAAAUCCAAUUACGCACAAAACUAAUUAUCGAAAUUAUGUAAUUUACAAACUAACUUCUGUCCGCGUCAUCGACUUUAAACGAGUGAGACUAGCAGAACGAGAGGCUGCCAUGAAAAUGUUCAAGGGAAAGAAAGGACAAAAAGCACGUGAAGCUAUUAAACGAAGCACAAACGCUCCUCCUGAAAUUGAAAAUGGCGAAGUUCCUCGCGUUAGUGGAACUGCCCUUACUCCUGAAGACAGGAUCAAGAUACAAAAUGCCAUCGCAAGCGCACGAUCUCUCGCGGAAGUCGAAUACCUACAAUCCGUGCUUGCCAGCGGACGCAUCCCGGAAAAAGGCUGGAAUAAGCAAAUGCUGCUUCCUAGCGAUCAAAUGCCGAUAACGCAUGAUGGAGGAUUCGUAGCUGAAAGUGAGGAGCAAGGAAGUCCGGAUUUCAGCAGCGGCACUGUGGUAGAGACCAACCCACGCGAUCAAAGUGGAAGUGAUCAUUCUCAGAGAAAUGAUAAUGUCAUAAAUGGAAAUGGACAUCGUCAAAAUCCAACCGAAGGAAGCGGUAUGGAAGUAGACGCUGAUUCAGGAACCCCUCAUUCAUAA